AUGCAACCUUCCAAUGAGGAUAGCCUCAUCGGCGCCGCCUCGCGUCAGCUUCCCUCGAUCGCCUCGCUCGGUUCGAUCGGAACUCGACGCGUGCCCGGCCAUGCGACCCCACCGAGUACAGCCAGUGGUUCGAACCGCUUGCCUGUCAUCAACCGCAGACGAUCAACCGCCGCGGCCAAGGCCACCUACUCCAAGCCGUUCCCGAUCCCGACCUAUCUCAGGCACUCGAGCUUUGCCGAUCGAUUCUUCACGACGCCCACCUUGGCCGAAUCGAGCUUGCUCAGUCCGACAUCGGCCACGACGAUGACCACCGCCGGGGCUGGAAAAACCACGACAAGUCCAACUUCAAUUGGUCCUUCGUCAGCCUAUUCUGGCGAUGGCGAUGUCGAGAUGAGGUCGUCAUCUGUGCCGUCCUCCUCAACCACGUCGGCGACUCCCAAGCUGAGCGAAGGACUAUUGGGCAACAUCACCGCCGGCUCGGCCACGGCAGCAAGGAUCCUGCUUCCAACUUGCUUCGAUGACAACGACAAGUGCGCCUUGAUUGAUCUGUCAUCAGAUGGGCUCACCGUUUCCUUUUCGGGCUCGGCCAAGUACGGCGACCGAGAUGCAGCAGCCGUUCGAACGAAUAGACCGAUCCCGCCCCAGACCGCGGUGUAUUACUUUGAGGUCAUCAUACUCGACAAAGGCGCACAGGGUUACAUCGGCAUUGGAUUUUCUCAUCGCAACGUCUCCUUGUCACGUUUACCGGGUUGGGAGGACCACUCGUGGGGCUAUCACGGCGACGACGGCCGCGCUUUCUGCUGCCUCGGGACGGGUGAACCGUACGGCCCUACAUUUACGACGGGGGACGUCAUCGGCUGUGGAAUUGACUGGACGGGCAUGGCUCCCCAAUCGAUGAAGGAGAGGCAUCGGCCCAAGGAUGCCGACAAGAAGGGUGGCGGGCGGGCGUUCUUUACAAAGAAUGGCGAGUUCCUAGGUCAGUGUGCGGAUGGGUGCCCUAUGUACGGACUCUGGUUCAUUGGUGUGCAGAUUGCUUAUAAAUUGUGUACCGUACUCUGCACACGACAGGAUACGCCUUUUCUAAUCUACAUGGGUUUCUAUAUCCGAGCGUCGGACUACGGACACCGGGAGAAAUCGUCAAAGCCAAUUUCGGAGCUGAACCCUUUCGCUUUGAUAUUGAUGCGUUGGUACAAGUGAGCCAAGGUCUACUUGUCUCGCUUCUGGUAUGAUCCUGCUAACAAGUUCACCCUCGUCCACUAGGAGCGCAAAGGUGCGAUCGGCGAGUUCAUCGAGCGCACGGUAGUCCCAUCAACCCUCUUUCUACCCUCCCCCAAACCUGCGAUUCCCUCCCUCUUACCUGCAUCAUCAAGUCAGCGAGUACACGAGACGCUCGAAGCCUUGUUAUUGGCGUACUUUGUGCACCAUGGAUACUCCGAAACGGCCCAGGCUUUCCAGGCUCAAAUGACGCGGGAUCGGAUCGAGCGGGUACGAGGCUUGAUACCGGGCGCCUCGGAUCAGUACGGCAAAACAAACGGCACCUCGUCCUCAUAUACAACAAUGGCUGCGAACGACUCUGACUUGCGGGGCCAGAUCCGCUCUGCCAUCCUAGAAGGCAACCCGACCCUCGCCAUCACGCUCGCUCAACGCCAUUACCCGGGUGUCGUUGAUGGCUCGCAGUUCCCCCUCGAAAGUGACUUUGACCCCGAAGGGGGAAUGCUCUUUCAACUGCGCACGCGUGAAUUUGUCGAGCUAAGCGCCAAGAUCAAUUCACCCUCCCCGUCCCCGUCCUCCAUGUCGGACGAUUCCGACCUCGAAGAACUUUUUGCCCUCGGUCGUCAGCUCGACGCGCAAUACAGUAGCGAUCCUCGACCGCAUGUCCAGGCAACACUCAAACAGACCUUCGCCCUCUUGGCCUACGCUUCGCCUUCCCUGAUGACCUCCCCUCAAAUCCGCUACCUCUACUCGUCCGAGGCUCGCCAAGCCCUAGCGGACCAAGUCAACUCGCGCAUCCUCGUCAGUCAGAAACUGCCGCCCAAGCCCGAGCUCGAGUCACUCUAUCGGCACACGGCCGCGGUCAUCGAUCUGUUGGGGAGGGAAGGUCAUGGUGCGGCGGCGUUGGUGCAUAUGAAGAAGGAGUUGUUACCCUAA